AUUACGACCUCCACGUCCGCCGCCCAUCACGAUGCGCGCGUAUGUGCGUGUACCGCGGCGGCGAGCCGAUCAUUUCGGUUCGACAUGUGCACGAUGGUGUUGGUCAACAGCGGCGCCCGGCAACCGCCCGCGGCCAUCGUCCGGCUCGUGGUCCACGGAACGCUGGCGUGGCUGUACUUCCACGUCAUGUGGAUGGCCGGCUCCGUGGACUGGGACUCGAUCGAGUUCCCGACCAUCAGCGAAGUGGGAAAGUUCAUGUCGUUCAUGCUUACGAUGUGGACGCUAAUCAUGCAUUUAGGAUUUUUCAUGAUAGCUACAGUAUUGGAUUUUUUUGAAUUGAUGCCAAAGUCUGUCAUUAUCGGAAAACUGGUCAACAAAAUUCGAGAGAUGAAUGACUUCUUUUUCAUGACUGUGAUGCUGCCAAUAUCUAUAUGCGUGUGUAGCGGAUUUUGGUCAGCAUGGGUAUUAUUUAACGACAUUAUUUAUCCAUCAGCUGUAAACAAUGUCGUACCUGUAUUUAUCAAUCACGUGUCACAUACGACUCCUAUUUUUGUUGUGUUUAUUGAAUUGUGUCUCUGUUACCAUGCAUCGCCGAGAGUGAAACCGGCCAUUGCCAGUCUCGUCACCGUUGAAACUAUUUACCUAUCUACGAUGAUCAUGUUGCGAAUUCAACACGGCAGAUGGGUGUACUUACUGAUCGACAUUUACGUAAACACGAUUCCAAAAUUUAUCUUUGUGUUUUCGUUCCUUAGUUACAUCGUACCUAUUAUCUUCUUGGUCAGUUGUCUCAGAUUGAAUAACUAUAUCUGGGGUUUAAAAACUAGCGGACGCAUUUCCAAAGACGUUUCUUUCCAACGUAAUAAAAAAAUUACGUGAAGAGGAGCUCCCUUACACGUGGUCUUGCUGAAAUUUUAUGUGGGAGAAUUUUCAUAUUGUGUAUAAUAAUAUUAAAGUGUAAAAACUAAAAAUGCACAUUAUAUUAUUGUAAUAAUUUUAUUUUUACAUAAUUAGCAAAUGCCCUUCCAGAUUACACAACACGAUUAUAUUAUUAUCUGCUGUCUCGAACAAGAAAUUUAAAACGUAUAAUACAUAACACAUUUUAUUAUGUUACAUGCGUAUUCCUUCCUAUUUUUUUCUUUUGAAAAUUCAACAAGCAUAUUUAAUUUAGUAGGUACUUACAUAUUAUAGAUAUAUUAUAUAACUUACAUUUUAUGGAUAAUUCAUCUAAUGGUCUCAAAUGUGAUUUUUUAUUUAAAUUUAUUUUAUACAACUAUAUAUUUAUAUGUAACUGCAUUAACUGUCCAUACAUUUCUAUCAUUAGCUAAAACAAAAACAAUGUACAUCACGAUUAUUAAUAUAAAGUUGAAAAUGUUAUCUCUGUAGAAUCCGUGUUUUUUUCGAAUAAGAAAUUUAACUAUAUUAAUAUAAAUAUAAAUUUAACCUACCUAUAUUUA